AUGAAUCCAAGAGAUCCUCUCGCGUACAAAGACGCCAUAUUUUUUUCUGGCCACAAGUUUUUGGGUGGUCCGGGAUCUCCUGGUGUACUGAUUGUGAAAAGGAAACUUAUGCAAAACGAAGUGCCGACCGCACCUGGAGGGGGUACGCCAGAUAUUUUGGGCAGUAUUCGACUCGGUCUAGCUUUUAGGCUGAAACAACGUGUUGGAGCUAACAAGAUUAUGGCGUUGGAACGUCGUCACGCGCAGCACGUUCGUGAAGCAUUAGUCAGAAACCCGAACAUCGUGCUGCUUGGUCGCCAUACAUACAACAUGGACCAGUUGCCAAUCUUUUCAAUGAUGAUUCGCUUUGAUGACCGUUUUCUACACCAUAACUUCGUGUGUGCAUUGCUGAACGAUCUUUUUGGUAUACAAGCUCGUGGCGGCUGUCAAUGUGCCGGUCCGUACGCAGCUCGUAUGCUUGGACUGAAUAUAAAGCAUACAAUUGCGCUAGAACACGCUUUUACGGAAGAAGAUGAAGUUAUUAAGCCGGGUGUCGUUCGAAUGAGUUUUCCGUACUUUGCUGACGAUGCCGAAGUUGAGUACAUUCUUGAUGCAGUGAGAUUCAUAGCCGAAGAAGGAUGGAAAUUUCUACCACAGUAUGAGCUAGACGUCCGUUCAGCUGCAUGGCACCAUAUUUCGCGUAGUUCGGCUUACUCGUCAGCAAAGAGUAGUCUGUCAGAUCUGCAGUUCUUUAGUGAAAAUGCAGCUAGUUCGUCACCACAAUAUCAACCCACCAUUCGCUGUAUCGCAACUCAUCGUCGGGAAAACCUCAAGCAGGCCGCACUUCAAGCAGAUAUCUGUAUUAAAGAGGCAGCGUUGCUUCCUAACUUUCCAGAGGGUCAAAAGGUGUAUAAAAAGCACGAGUGGCUGCGUUGGUUUGUCUAUCCAUAUGAAGCUGUUGCGAAGUACAAGAUGGGUGUUCACAAGCUAUACACCGCGUUUCACAGCAAACCAUUACUUUCGGCAACACGUGUUCAACACAAUGCCGUUACAUACGCUGCGUGA